UUGAAGCACCAUGUCGAUGUCAUUUCCGAGCCAGUUCUUCCGAACUGCUCGGAACCAGUAUGCACAGGACCGUUAUCAAAUAUUUAUUGCUCGGGUAAAUUGGUUCAUGCUGCCUGGGCAUUUGGAUUACAAAAUACAUGUCCCGGUGAUAUGAUGCUACAAUCUCCAGAUGCUAUUAUCAAUGCACUAAAUAAAUUAGAAUACCCCUUGAAACGAGACGAUUUCAAACGGUUUUGUUCGCAAAAUUUUGCACCUUUUCCAUAUUUGAAGGUUGCAAAGUUAAUUGAUUGGACUGAAGAUCCACCGAAUUUACGCCGGGUGAAAGACACGAAAUUGAGGUCACUGGCAAAGCGACUGAAUGGCAUUUGGAAAUUUCUGGGUAGAGAAUUCGAUGAUAAAGUCAGGGAAAAACCGGAAAUCUUUCCAGUUUUACCGGUACCUAAUCCAUUCGUAGUGCCUGGAGGUUUUUUUCAAAUGUACUUUUAUUGGGAUUCCUAUUGGAUUAUGAAAGGUUUGCUGUUCUCGAAUAUGACAGUAACUGUUCGUAACAUGAUUGAAAACUUCGCAACAGUCAUACGUUACCACGGAUUCAUUCCGAAUGCAGGCAAUAUCCAGUUAUCGAGACGAAGUCAACCGCCACUCUUCACUCAAAUGCUUGCUGAUUAUUAUCAAGCUACUGGCAAUGAAACUUUUCUGAGUGAAUGUCUACCGCUAGUCGAUGCCGAGUUAUCGUGGUGGCUUGCCAAUAGAUCGGUGGUUGUAUCGACCGAUUCCAGCCAGCACUAUACAAUGUUCCAAUAUCGGGCUGCAUCGAAUUGCCCUCGGCCUGAGAACUACUUGGUGGAUUUGUACAACGGUCUGAAAGGCACGGGUGGUGCAGAGUUCAUUUGGUCGUCAAUAGCGAGCGCUUGCGAAUCUGGUCUUGACUUCAGCUCGAGAUGGUUCGCGUAUAGUGGAGCACAUUCACCGGUAUUGAAAUUCGAAUGGGGACGAAUGUCAUAUGCUUCUGGUACAAAAUCAUCCACUAAACUGAUUUUGUAUCGUGCUGAUAGUUUCAAACUGUCGCUCGACUUCAUUCCAGAUUCGAAAUAUUCCAUACGAACGAAUAAGAUUUUGCCGGUCGAUCUGAAUGUGUUUAUGGUUUGGAAUUAUGAUACCGCAGCAGACCUAUAUCACAGUCUGGGUUCUGAUAGUAAAUCGCAAAAAUAUCGCAAGAUGGCUGAUGAAUUAUGGAGUGGAAUUGAGGCUGUUUUAUGGAAUGAAGCUGCCGGUGUAUGGUUCGACUACGAUCUCGCCAAGAGAAAACAUCGCCGUAAAUUCUAUCCGAGUAAUGUUUUCCCGUUGCUAUUGGGUCGAGCAAAGUCGCAAAAGGCUGAUAGAGUCAACUACUAUUUGCGGUAUUCAUCCGGUGGUGCACUCGAUUACAGGGGUGGUAUUCCAUCGUCGCUGGAUAGAGAAUGUCAUGAGCAGUGGGACUUUCCUAAUGGAUGGGCGCCAUCAACACAUUUGUUCGUUGAAAGUCUCAGAUUGUCAUCAAAUGAAGAUCUGUAUGAAAUCGCACUGCAAACUGCCAACAAGUUUGUCCGCACGGUCUACAAUGGCCUGAUCAAUCCAUCUGGCAAGCGGCCGGCAGCUUGUUGGGAAAAGUAUGAUAUACGUUUUGAUGAUGGUCGACCUGGCGUUGGUGGUGAAUACCCAGUGCAAAUGGGGUUUGGAUGGACAAAUGGUGCUGUUCUUGAUAUGAUACUUCGAUUCAAUAUCGAUGAUGAGGAAUCUUUUAGAGGCUUCACGUUCAUGUACAAUCAUGCACCUUAUGCACUACUCGUUGCGCUCGUAUGUCUCACAUUUUCUGUGUGGUGUGUAUUCAAAAUACUGAGAAAUCGUCGAGUGACGAUGAGGAGUGUUGCAAAAGGAGUGUGGCUCUCAACUGAAUCGAUUGAGGCGAGCCGACUCAUCGAUGAAUGUGAUGAGGACAACUGA